AUGGCCAAUAUCCUUUCUCUGCAAGGUCAAGGACUUAAGCUUGACAGUCGAGCCGACAUCGAGCCUUUGUUAGCUGGUGUCGAUGCCACGAAGAUUGAAGAAAUCCAUUUGGGGGGCAACACAAUUGGGGUCGACGCGUCCGUGGCGCUUGCAGAAUUCCUGUCAAAGGCUACAAACCUCAAAAUCGCAGACCUGGCUGACAUUUUCACCGGUCGUCUGAUCUCUGAAAUCCCCCUGGCCCUUACCGCCAUCUGCGAUGCUUUAAUCGACAAGACGUCUCUCGUUGAGCUCGACUUGAGCGAUAACGCAUUCGGUGGAAGAUCAGUUGAUCCCAUCGUCCCAUUCCUCACCAACAAUCGUAGCUUCCAAGUCCUCAAGCUGAACAACAACGGCCUUGGCCCGGCAGGUGGCAAAGUUCUUGCCGAUGCUCUCUUCGAAUCAGCCAAGAUCAGCAAAUCCAAGGGGGAGAAAUCGAACCUUCGGACGGUCAUCUGUGGACGGAAUCGUCUGGAAGACGGUUCGGCUCUAUCAUGGGCCGAGGCAUUCGCGGCUCAUGGGACACUCACGAAGAUUCACAUGCCGCAGAAUGGGAUACGUAUGGCUGGGAUCACUGCUUUGGCACGCGGGCUGGCAAAGAACCCAGGUCUCCAGUACAUCGAUUUGCAGGAUAACACUUUCACGGAUGGGGGCCAGUUGACAGGCGUAGAAGCUUGGACAGAAUCAUUGGUGUCAUGGCCCGAGCUGACAACUCUAAACCUCUCAGACUGUGUGCUGUCGGGCGACGGAGAAGUUCCACAGCUUAUAACUGCCCUUGCGGAGGGUUCGAACCCCAAACUUCACACGUUGCAGCUGCAGAACAAUAAUUUAGAGACGGAGACCUUUGUGUUGUUUGCGGAGCACAUCUCGGGGAACCUCAAGGGAUUGAAGUUGUUAGAGCUUCAGUGGAAUGAUAUAGAGGAAGAUGACGCGAGUUUGGAAACCGUGGGGCUCAGUAUGAAGCAGCGGGGAGGUAAAUUGAUUAUCGAUGGUGAAGAGGAGGAAGAAGAAGAGGAAGAAGCUGAGGAGGAGGAAGAGAAAGAAGAAGUAAAGGAAGAACGGGAGGCUGUUCUCGCGAGCACAAUCGAAGAGCCAACGCCUAAAAAGCCCGAUGCGACGGAUGAGUUGGCAGAUUUAAUGAGCAAGGUUAAGAUCCGGUAA